GCACACACGGUUUAUUCGGCCUGUCCUGGGAGCACAGACGGUUUAUUCGGCCUGUCCCGGGAGCACACACGGUUAAUUCGGCCUGUCCUGGGAGCACAGACGGUUUAUUCGGCCUGUCCCGGGAGCACACACGGUUAAUUCGGCCGGUCCCGGGAGCACACAUGGUUAAGGCGGCCGCGGGCGCACAUCUGGCGGGGGAGGGCUGCAAGCCUCGUCCCGCGCCUGGCUGCCUCCUGCGCUUCCAAAAAGUGCAUUUCCGCCCGGGCCGAGAGAGGAGAAGGCUCCGGAGCGGGAGGCACCGAUCGGCCGCGGGCAGGCUCUGCCCCGGCCCGGGGGAUGCUCUAGGGCAGCAAAGGCAGCGCCGGGAGGGAGCAGCCCUGCCCCAGAGGUGCUGACACCCUAAAUUGCUGCUCUUGGGCAUUCAUGGGAGGCAGCUGAAGCCAGGCUGAGCAGGAGCAGCAGCACUCGGCCCAGGAUUUGGCUGGUCAUCUAGAGCCUGCUGCUCUGCUCCACCCUCAGCUCUCCAGGUAAUCCCCUCUGCUGCGUGUGCCAGGACUUGGGAGACUGCAUGGUCCUGGCCCACAUGUUGGUGAGCCCAGAGCCUCCACACUGCCCCAGUGUGGGUCUCCCCAGGUGCUCACUGGGGUGACAGUGUGUCCCACAGUCCAGCCAGAAGCCUAGGACUGUGCAGUGCACAGGUCCUGUCCUAGGACAGUGCAGGGCAUGGUUGGACUGGGCAUCUCCACACUCCUGUCCCCCUCAGCUAUCCCUGGCACCUCACAGGGCACUGCCAAGGCAUGGAGGGGCUGUGGGUGCACAGUGUCCUGCUGCUCUGCCUGCUGCUGUCCUGCCCUGUGGGGAGCCAGACUGGACCCAGUCCCGACCAGCAGUGGUGGACAGAUGCUGAAGAGGCCCCAGCCCGGCACCAAGCUGCCAGGGCCACACGGGAGCAGAAGGCUGAUGGUGCCCAGGAGGGGCUGCCCCCACGGCCCCGCUGUGUCCGCUGCUGCCCCCCGCCCGACCAGUACCAGCCUCUGCCUCAGAUCAACAUGACCAUCCUGAAAGGGGAGAAGGGGGACCGUGGCGAGCGUGGCAUCCAGGGCAAGUUUGGCAAGACGGGGGUGGCCGGCAGCAGGGGCCACGCAGGGCCCAAGGGACAGAAGGGCAGCAUGGGCGCCCCGGGGGAGCGCUGCAAGAGCCACUAUGCCGCCUUCUCGGUGGGCCGCAAGAAACCCCUGCACAGCAAUGACUACUACCAGACCCUCAUCUUCGACACGGAGUUUGUCAACCUCUACAGCCACUUCAACAUGUUCACGGGCAAGUUUUACUGCUAUGUCCCUGGGAUCUACUACUUCAGCCUCAAUGUGCACACCUGGAACCAGAAGGAGACCUACCUGCACAUCAUGCACAACGGGGCAGAGGUAGUGAUCCUCUACGCCCAGGUGAGUGACCGCAGCAUCAUGCAGAGCCAGAGCGUCAUGCUGGAGCUGCGGGAGCAGGACGAGGUCUGGGUGCGGCUCUACAAGGGCGAGCGUGAGAACGCCGUCUUCAGCGAUGAGUAUGACACUUACAUCACCUUCAGUGGCCACCUCAUCAAGUACAGUGGAGACCCCUGAACACCAGCCCCUCCCAACUCCUUCUGCACCAGGCCGGGUGGCCAAGGAGCUCCUGUGCCCUCUCAUCCUGGGCAUGCCACCCCCAUUAUGCUGUUAGCCACCCACCCUUCUGUUACUACCCUCAGCACCUGCCUCAAUGUGUGAAUUCCCCCACUCCAGCUUCUUGAGACUGAUCAGAUGCACCUGGAGGAGCUGGAGCCAUUUCCAGCCUCUGCCACAUUUGUGACUGGGAAGCAGCUGCUCACCUGGGGUGGGCAGGGAGCUCCUUCCACGCCCCUCCCACCUGUUCCAUAGCCGGGUUUGCUGGGCAGAGCCCACUGUGGCACUGGCUGAGCUGGCACCAGGGGAACAGCAUGACUGCUGAUGCCCUGGUACAAGCCAGCGCAGACACGUGCACCGUGUUCCUCCUCCAUGCACCAUGCUGUGCUCCCUGCCUCGAAUGGGCAGAAGGUGCUCAGCACCAUCAGGAAAAGCAAUGAACCACUAAGGGGCCCCUUUCCUUCUGCAGAGCUGGGGGCCAGUGGGGCGGGCGUCACAGCAUGGGGCUGGGUACCCUUGGUGGGAAUGGAUUGCGUCAGUUCCCUCUGCAGGUCCUGUCACUGCUCGCCACAGCCUCUGCUGGGGAGGGGCUGGCUCCCCACCGGCAGCCCUGACAGAACCUUUGGCCUCAGCCACUUCCUCUUCCGUUAGAUUAUCUGAUGGCCAGGCUUCUUGUUUGUGUAGAUGCUGCAGUGGUGUGGGGCAGCAUUCUGACCUCCCUGUACAGCUCUUGCUACAUUAAACACCCCAUGUUUCCAGCCUUGCUCACA